GUGUUUCCGAACGCAAAACGACGUUUAUCAAUUACCGAACGAAAAAUUUUAAAUGUCAAUUCGACGUUUCUGUGUAUUGGCGGCUCAGCAAAAAUUUUGAUGUUUAUUUAUUUUCUUAUUUAGAAUAUAACUCUAAAUUAACUUUGUGAUGAAGUGAAAUUGCCAAGUGCCGUUAUUAAUGUGCGGUCAAGAAUUUAAUUUACACUUUAAAAUAUUAACAGUGAAAAUGAAAGCUGUCUAUUUGUCAGUUACCUAAAUCAAGAUUGCAACGAACGUUUAACAAAUUAUCAUUGACCUUUUAGAUGCUAGUUUAAUCGGAAAAUGACCUUCUAAAUGAAGGAAUCCUAUCCAGAUGACAUUAUGCUCUGUUUUGUCCAAGGUUUCGGUGAUGGUGAUCAGUACAAAAACAGAGUUAAUGAAUGUGAAGAAGAGCCUAAUCUGAAACUAUUAAAGAAAAGACAAAAUGGCAAAAGAGUGUCACUGGCAGUGGCAGAUGAACAGUCAUUUGAAUUGAGGCCAAAGAAGUGUGAAGCAUUAGUUACUGGUAAAUCAUUAAGACUGAGCUCUGGUGAACUGUCAAACCCACAGGAUGUUAAAAGGAGUUUCAGUGAUCGUUUCUCUGUGGUAGCUGAUGUGACAACAAGAAAAUCUGCGAGAGGGCUCUUGACUAUUAGGAAGACUUGGUAAUAAUUUUGGAACUAUUUCUAUCCUAUGCUAUAAUGUUUGGCUUUAUGUCAUCAUCAUCAAAAAUUAAAAUGGUGGUUGUAUGUACAGUUUAUGUCAUAAAAAAUACUUAGUUGAGUAAUAUUACACCGAGUAAGUUUGGAAAGGAAAUUAUUAUUUUUUUUUAAUAAAUUUUGCUUUCACAAAACCACAUCAUUAUUAGUAUCUUUAGUUAGCUUUAA